GGGGGUUUUGGUGAUGUCAGAUUAUUCUAUUUUUCAGACUAUUGCACAUUCUUUUUACUAAUACCUCAAAAGUCUUAAUUUACUUCUUUAAAAAUGUUUCACGGAACAAUAAAUUGUCCAAUUUGGAAGGACGUCUGGGAACUGAUGCCCCGGUGAGUGGUAAUGGAACACGAAAACAGUGAUCUCUGAAUGGAAAGAUAAAAGGGUAAAGGUCCACCUGGUGAGGCAGAUGCUGAAUCAUCAGGAUUUCUGAAUAGUUGGAUAGUGGAUCAUCAUAAGUUUUAACUGUAUUUGUUUCACAGUCUGCUACAUGAGCCCUUGGCUAUCUCUGAAACAGUUACAGUCCUUAUGCUCUUAAUUAUUGUGCUAGAAUUCAGAUGUUUAGUUUACGUGCAACUUGUCAGUCAGAUAAUAUUUUAACUAAAAUCAUCAUUUCAUCAUUCUUGUUUCAGAAAUGAGAUCUGAAGCGUUCCAUCCUCCCUCCAUGGCUAAUCACUGGCCUGCAUUUUUUUUUUAGAAUGUUCUGAUGUUAGUUUCAGUCAUAUUUUGCUGCCUUUUAUAUCUGGAGGAAGUAAUUCAGAUAAAAACUCUUGCAUCAGAAAUUCAGAAGCAAACUGGAAAUAGUGUUUGACUGUUUUGGGCUGUUACUCCAUUAUGUUUAGGUCUUGGUAGUGCUUGCUGUGCCCAGGCCAAGAUAAAGCUCUGCUUCCGUCUGCUGCUGCAGACUCAGGAAAUCACCGGAUGAUUUUAAUGAUUUUUAAAGUGUGGCUAUUAUAUAACUUUGCAGUGAUAAUGCAAACCCAAAAAAUGUGAUUCCAUCUCAUUUUACAUUUCUGCUGUUACCAUGUUAUACUACCUUUCGAAAUACUGCUCUUUGCAAACCUCUUGAAAUUUAACUUAUUACAGGGACUUUUUGAUAAUGAAUAAUAAGUAGUUAGCACUCAAUUUGUAAAAGGCAUCAGAAGUGCUUGCUUCAUUGUAUAUAUGUUCUGUUGAAUUGGGACUAGAUGAUCUAUUUUUCUUAAAAGUACUGAAUAGUACCUUGUCCUUUUGAAAUCAGAAUAACUUUCCCCUGUGUGCAACUUUUUUUUAUUCCUGCUUUCCUGAUUUUGCGAGAAGCAUGCAGACCAUUUUUGGGAGUCUUAAUUUUUACAAAAAUGUUUGCUGAUUGAUAUUUCCUGUCUGUUAAUGUUCUUUAAUCCUUGUGUUUAUUAUUUUAAUUUUACAGACUUUUUAUUUUAUCUUUUCCAAGUAUUUUUCUUCAUUUCUAUUGUAAUUUUAUUAAUAAAUGAACUUCUGUAUGUUUCCAGACUUUAAAAAAAAAGCUCCAAUAAUGUUGCGGUUAGAGUAUUAAAGUAACACUAUUACAACAGCAGCGACCUGAAUCAAUCUCAUUGCUGCCUUUAAGGUAUUUGUACAUUCUCCUUGUGACUGCUUGGGUUUCUCUCCAUGGAUUUCCCCCAUAUUCCAACGUCAGUGGAAGGGUUGGUAGGUUAAUUUGUCAUGUGGGUGUAAUGGGUGGUGUGGAUAAUUGUGCCAGAAAGGCCUGUUACUGUGCUGUAUCUCUUUUUAAAAAAAAAUUGUAUUACAUUUGUUGCUGCAAUUCCUAUUGCAGACAAUUGGUCUUACAGUGAUAUAAAUUUAAAUACAGGUUUCCCCCGCUAUUUGAAGGUAGAGUGUUCCUGUGAAACCAUUUGUAAGCUGAAAUGUCAUAAAGCGAAGAAGCAAUUUCCAUUAAUUUAUAUGGGAAAAAUUUUUGAGUGUUUCCAGACCCACAAAAUAACCUACCAAAUUAUACCAAAUAACACAUAAAACCUAAAAUAACACUAACAUAUAGUGAAAGCAGGAAUAAUAUGAUAAAUAUACAACUAUAUAAAGUAGAAAUAUUGUAUGUACGGUGUAGUUUCACUUAGCAGAUCGGGAAGAUAGCGAGCCAAAAUCGAUUUGGAGAAAAAAAAUCGGCAGUACACGCAUGUGCACGUUCACGCAUACAUAUGCACAUGCAUACGCACGUACACGCAUGUGCACACAACUGCCCGCACAAGGUUUCACGGUCAUGGUAGUCUUUCUCAGGGUAAACACACGUAUAAAAGCGGGCUUCUUUUUUUUGUAAAAGUGAAAAUCCUCUUUGGUUAGCGAAAACAGGGACUAAUGUAGGCCUUUCAUAACAGCGAGCUGUCAUAAAGCGAAUGUUCGAAAAUCGGGGGCCAGCUGUAAUGUUUUAAGUGCAUGAUUUGACUGUAGUUCUCUAUAAAGAGGAUAGAUUCAUUAUUAGUACUUUUUCAUAAUUUUUCAGCUGCAGCAUCUUGCACUUUCUCUGAAUACAAUCCAUAUGGGAGGAUGUAUGAACUGAACAUGAAAUGAUGACUUUAAGCAGAGGAUACUAAAAGUAUGUUUAUGUGGAUGGCUUUUAGGGAAUCCUCUGGAGUUUGAGGGAAAGGCAGCAAAGAGCAAAAGUUUUGGAAGAAAAUUCCAAAUUGAAGGUUGGAAGAGCCACACAGUUGAUGGACUGAAGUAAAACAAGAUGAUUUUGACUGGGGAAAGUACCUGAUGGAAGGUGAAGAAAUUGAUAUUGGUCCUUAUCCAGAUACUCCCGAGUGGUCUGAAGAAGAAAGUGAAGAAGAGCUCCAAGAGUCCUUGAGUAGGGAGGAUUCGGGUAUUCAGGUUGACAAAACACCGCCAGAAGAGCAAGCACACAUUAAGAACACAGGGCCCCAUAUCUCUUUAAAAGCCAAAGAAUCAGAAGUACAGUUGUGGCUGGAUCAGCAUGUGGUCACCCAGUAUUGGACAAGCAAACCAUCGAAAUUUAGUCACAGUUUUCAUCUACAUUCCAAUUUAGCAGCUGUCUGGGAGCAGCAUUUAUACAAUUCUGAUCCGCUAUAUUAUUCAGAUGAUCGAAAAUUUGUUACAGAAGCCCAAGUUAUACGAGAAACAUUGUGGUUGCUGUCAGGAGUUAAUAAACUUUUCCUGUACACGGUGCAUGAUGGGAAAAUAUCAGUAAGAAAUGAUGUCAUGGUUGCUCACCUAACCCAGAAUUGUCUAAGAGCAGUAUUGGAACAGAUAGCAGCUUAUGGACAAGUUGUUUUCAGGCUACAGAAAUUCAUGGAUGAAGUUAUUGGAAACAGCACUGAAAGCUGUUCACUUGGAGCUAUUCCUACAUCAAGAAAGUUUACUGAGCCACCCUUCCGAACAUAUCAAUCUUUUGUCUGGGCCCUGUAUAAAUAUUUCAUCAACUUCAAAGAAGAGCUUGUCAGCAUUGAAAAGUGCAUGAUUACUAAAGAUGAGACUGUUACCCUGGCAGCAGUGCUUGAGAAACUGGCUCCUCGAUUGUCACAACUUAAGAUGCUUCAAAGGGUAUUCAGCACAGGAGUAGCAGAGGUUCCACCCGAUACUCCAAAUGUAAUAAGAGCUUCCCAUUUACUGAAUACACUGUAUAAAGCUAUUAUUGAAUAUGACAGUGUAGGAGAAGCUGCUGAACGGACGGUGUCUCUUCUCUUCUCUUUGUGGGUCGAAACUGUAAGGCCCUAUCUUGAAAUUGUGGAUGAGUGGAUAGUCCAUGGAAAUCUGUCUGACCCUGCAAAAGAAUUCAUUAUCCAGAGAAACAAAGAUGUCCCAGUGAAUCAUAGAGAUUUCUGGCAUUCUACUUGUACGUUGUUCAGUGUGUCUGAAAAGACUGGAAUGAAUGAAAAUACAAAUGAUGGCGCAGGCAGCAGUGGCACCAUUGAUCAAGGAAAUUCCAGUAAGCAACACACAAUGGUCUCUUUCCUGAAACCAGUGAUCAAACAGAUUAUUAUGGCUGGUAAAUCAAUGCAGCUGCUCAAGAACCUGGAAAGUAAGGACAACCAAGGCCUCCCAAUGGAAAACACUCACCGAGAUGCUGAAAGAAAAAGUUUGUAUGCGCUGUUCCUGGAGUCACUUCAGUCCUGCCUUCGUUAUGGGGAGGGUGCUGAAUCUUGUGAACGCACAGUUCCAGAGCAACAAGCCACGAAAGAAAGCUUGAUCAAGGUGCAGUCUAUAGUUGCUCGGCACCUUGAACUUGAUGAUGUUCAUGAUCCUUUAUUAGCAAUAACGUUUGCAAGGUUAUACAUGGAACAAAAUGAUUUCCAUGAAAGAUUCAGCAGUGGCGAUGUCAAUGUGGAUAGGUCCUCAGAAUCAGUGACCUGCCAGGCAUUUGAGCUCACGCUUCGCUCAUGUUUGUAUCCUCACAUAGAGAAACGGUACCUGGAAUGUUGCGGAAAAUUAAUGCAAACUCUGAAGACAGAUUACAAGCUUGUGGAAUAUCUUCAAGCCAUGAGAAAUUUCUUCCUCUUGGAAGCUGGAGAGACCAUGUAUGACUUCUAUGUAGCUAUUUUUGAUAAAGUAAAGGAGAAAGAAUCCUGGCAACACUUGUCAUUUUUAAACGCCCGGUUACAAGAGGCAGUUGGACAACGCUAUCCUGAAGAUAGCUCUCGGCUGUCCAUUUAUUUAGAAAAUGUUGACAUCGGCAAAAAGAGACUUCCUGUGCAUUCUAUUGAUGGUCUCACAUUGAGUUACAAGGUACCUUGGCCUGUUGAUAUUGUUAUCAGCUCAGAAUACCAGAAGAUUUAUAAUCAAGUGUUUAUACUUCUGUUGCAAAUUAAAUGGGCCAAAUACAGUCUUGAUGUUCUGAGGUUUGAUGAAUGUGAUGAAGCUUAUGAUAAAGCACAAGCGACUCUUAUUAAGGAUUCCAGUUGGUCAUUUCAAGCACAGAAGACAUCUGUCAGACAGCAAAUUCACAGGAUGUUUCUGCUUAGAGUUAAACUUAUGCAUUUUGUCAACAGCUUACAUAAUUAUAUAAUGACAAGGAUAUUACAUAGUACAGGUCUGGAAUUUCAGCACCAAAUUGAGGAAGCUAAAGAUCUGGACCAACUGAUAAAAAUUCAUUACAGAUAUUUAUCUACAAUUUAUGAUCGUUGUUUACUGCGGGAAAAAAUAAGCUUUGUGAAGGAGGCAAUCAUGAAGGUUCUGAAUUUGGUUCUAAUGUUUGCAGAUCGCUGGCAAACUAGCUUAGGAGCUUCAAAGAUUGAAUCUAUUGAAAAAAUGGAAUCUGACUUCAAAAACUGCCAUAUGUUUCUGGUGACAGUACUCAACAAGGCUGUUUGUAGAGGAUCAUUUCCUCACCUGGAAUCCUUGGCAUCAUCUUUAAUGGCAGGAAUGGAACAAAGUUAAUGGUGGCUAUCAUGAAAAUGCUUCGACAAAGCACUGCAUUGGAAUAUCCUCAUUCCCAUUGCAUGAUACCUAAAGUCAUCAGACUGCUGUGUUGGAACCCUUUUAAAUGAGCUCAUAAAGUUGUACUUGCUACAAUCCUCAGUGGCAGGUGAUUACACAAAAAUACCUUCUAACUGUGAUGCCAUCUAAGAACGGUGGCUGUAGUUAAUAAAUCUUGAUAAGUUUUUUCAAAAGCCAAUCCAAAAUGUAAAAGCAUGUGCUCACAAUUACUAGAUGACUGCUGGUCGGUAUUACGUUAUAUAGUAUCAUCAUAAAUUGAUGCUAACUUUUCAGUCAUUUUCAGUAAUAUUCGUGUAGUCUCAGUGAGACAGGAACCUGUUUAAUAUUCAUUGCAUUGUCUAUAAGUUUAUUCCGAAAUAAAAAUAAUUGUCUAUA